AUGGUAAUAAUAUGGUUAUACGUUUUACAAUUAUUUACAUUACCAUGUUUUUCAAUGUGGGUUCCUAUUGGUUCAAUGCUAAAGGUGGAUAAUUUUACACAAGCAGCUCUUUUGUCAUCAAUCAAGAAUAUAAAUUUAUCUUAUAAUAGAAAUGAUAUAUUGAGAAUAAAUAUAAGUAUUGUUCAUUAUCAAGAUUCGUCAGAUAUUUUAGAAAUAUCUAAUAAAGCUUGUAUAUUAUUUGAAAAAGGAGUAUCAGCAAUCUUUGGAUAUUUAGAUAGAGCAAUUUCUAAACAUGUUCAAAGUAUGUGUGAUGCAAUGGAAAUUCCAUAUAUAACAGUGCAAUGGGAUCCAUAUCAAGAACGAGGAAGGUCAAUAAAUUUAUAUCCAUAUGCGGAUGCUCUUGCUAAGAUUUAUUAUUUAAUUAUAAAAGAUAUGAAAUGGAAAAGUUUCAUAUUAUUAUAUGAUAGUACGAAUAGUUUAAUUCGUUUAAAACUUACAUUAAAAAAAUUAAAUACAAUAAAUUACCCAAUAGUUUUCUAUCGCAUAAUCAAUGAAACAAAUUACAGAUAUGUUCUAAAAGAUAUUAAAGAUUCCGGAGAAAAAAAUAUCGUAAUUGAUUGUUCUUACGAUAUUCUUGAAAAUUUACUUUACCAAGCUUUACAAGUUGGAAUAAUAUCUGAUAAAUAUAAUUUAUUUAUUACUUCGUUGGAAGAGUUAAAAUCAAAUAGCGAUCAAAAGUAUACACCUGAAGAACAGCAGUGCGAAGAAUGUUUCAAGAGUACUAAAUCACGUGAUUCUACUUGGAGGUAUAUACUUUGGAUUUCUCUGGUAAUAUCUGUCAACCAUCUCGGUAACAACCUCAGCACUUCAUGA